AACACAAUACAAUGGGAGGACAAUAAAUGGAACAUUCUUUCCCAUCGAAUCAUUGUACAAGCAGUGAAACUCAAAUCGAUUUGUGUGCUUUACGUUUGCUGAUUAUCAAGAUCGCCUUGGAAAUUGGCCGGAAUAGGUGUAUUAGCUGUUUCUGUAUGGUUAUAUAUCGACAGUUCUGUGUAUCUGGGUAAUACAGAUGACAGCUACAUGUAUUUCGUUGCCAUUUUCAUACUCAUGGCAGCAGGGGCUAUCAUGUUCUUGAUUGGUCUCCUAGGUUGUUGUGGAGCUUUACAGGAAAGUCCGUGCAUGCUUGGAACGUUUUUCAUAUUUUUACUGGUCAUUUUUGCUGCAGAAAUAACUGGUGGUGUUUGGGCGUGGAUGUAUAAAGAUGAGGUAAACAAAAUAAUUGAAGUUCAAGUCACAAAAAUGGUGAAAGAUGAGUAUGGUGCUUCAAAAUCAGUUGAAAAUACUAUAGAUGCUGUUCAGCAUGAU